AUGUACCCGCCUCAGUCUCCGUACGGGCCGGGUAUCGCUUACUCACCCAGACCCCAACUCGCACCGCAGAGUUCGAGUACGGCCAUCCCUCUACAGGAUUUCGGAGCGGAUGGCUUACCGCCUCCUCCGCCUGUAAGUGAAAGCUGGAGGAGAAUCGAUAGGUGGGCAGAAGAACACUACCACGAACUAUGGGACCAAUUAUCAUACCCAGCAACCGUUCCAGACGUCGAAGAGCUCGAGCAACAGCUCGGUGUUUCCUUGCCCCGGGACGUCGUUGAAUCCCUCUACGUUCACGACGGUCAAGAACGCGGCGGGUACCCGACUGGCAUUCUCUUUGGCGUCACACUUCUUGAUUGUGAAGAGAUUUUGGAGGAGUGGAAUUUAUGGCGGUCGGUUGCUGGGAGGGAUGAUGAGGCUUUGUUGAGUGGUGGAGAGGCUGCGGCACAGGUUCAGGCUAUCUUGGCCAAACAAUCUUCGAGACCGGAGGGAGCAGUCAAGCAUCGUUACGCGCACCCGGGAUGGGUUCCUCUCGGUAAGGACUUCCAGGGUAACAAUAUCGGUGUCGAUCUUGCUCCGGGACCUACAGGUCGUUGGGGACAGAUUAUCCUCUUCGGUCGCGAUCAAGAUGUCAAGUACGUCAUUGCUCGCUCCUGGGGAAGUCUCCUUGCCGGUGUCGCAGAUGAGCUUGAUGGAGGAAAGUGGAGUAUCGAGGAGGAAAGUGGUGAGCUGAGGUUGAGGGGUGCAUUCGACGUCGAGGAUCACUACUUUGAUGUAUUGAAGGCACGAUUGAGGAGGAGGGAAAAGAGGAGGACGAUGCAAUCAUCU